UUGCCACCCCACUCCCACCCAACCCCACUUCGAGAGAAGGUGAAAUCAAAAACGCAAACAUCCACAUCGACCGGCUUGUUAUCGGAACCAGAUUCGCCUCGACAUCAUGGUCAAAAUCGGUCUCCAAAUCAAGGCCACCCUCGAGAACAUCGAGGCGCUCAAGACGUGCCACCCGAACUAUGCGUUCUUCGUGAAAAUCAAGUGCACCAACUGCGGCGAAGAGUCGGACAAGUGGCACGACAUCACGGAGGGCGACCACGUCAACGAAGAUUCGCGCAAUCCGAAGGGGUUUAACUUUUACAUGAAGUGCCGGAUGUGCUCGCGCGAGAACAGCAUCGACGUCGUCGAGGGAAGCAAUGCAACUUACACGGCGGACGACUCGGGCAAGCUGAAGACGAUUGUGGCGUUCGACUGCCGCGGAGUGGAACCGACGGAUUUUAGUCCGCGUGCCGGAUGGAUUGUUAAGGCUAGCGAGAACGGGCCCACCUUCGAGGACGUCGAUCUUUCCGAUGACGAUUGGGUUGAGUAUGACCAGAAGAACAACAAUUCGAUUGGAGUUUACGAAUUUGAGUCGAGCUUUAUCAAGAUGAAAAAGUAGAAUUGAGAUACUUUGAGUUACUGUUUGUGUUCCUUAGGUGAAGCAAUUUCGAUUGAAUAAAUAAAUGCAUUUCUGAAAUCAA